UCGCCGCCGGCCAUCGCAGACGAAGUGACUGUAGAGUAUUUCAGGGGCUUGCCCCAGGUAACAGUUCCUCUGCCGUCUCGCAGAGAACGAUGUCGCUUCACUCUUCGACCCAUUAGCAACACCGUCGGUGACUUCCUGGCCAUGUUAUGCCAUGAAGACCGUGGCAUUGACCGUGUGGCUGUCAGCAGUCUAGAUGGAGUUAAAAUUGCGUCGUCCAAUUCAAUAGAAGCUCUGAUGGAGGAGGACUUCAAACUAAUCGUCAACGACAAUGUUUAUUUAGUAAAUACCCCUCGACAAGAAAGGCUGACAAAGGAAGAAGUCCGUCGACUGUCAGAUGUUCGGAACUUGGUGAAUCAGUUGUAUGAGGCGCUGAAUGUAGAGCAACACCAACUUAACAAGGAACGUGAACUAUACGGACAACUAGAGGAGCUCAAAGUAGAGCUUGAACCUUUGGAGCAAAAACGGCAAGAACUGGAGACCAUGGCGGAGCGACGCACGACCGUCCUCACGUGGGUGGGUCUAGGUCUCAUGUCCGUGCAGUUUGGCAUCCUGGCACGUCUCACCUGGUGGGAAUAUUCGUGGGAUAUCAUGGAGCCCGUGACGUACUUCGUUACGUAUGGCACCGCAAUGGCCGCGUACGCUUACUACGUUCUAACUAAGCAGGAGUAUCUGCUGCCAGAUGUGAAGGACCGCCAGCACUUGAUUAUACUGCACAAACGCGCCCGAAAAGUGGGUCUCGACUUAGAUCGCUACAACCAACUGAAGGAAGGUGUUUCACGAGUAGAAGCAGACAUCAGAAGGUUACGGGAUCCCCUGCAACUCCACCUACCGCCCAGCCACCAGCUGUCUGACCGGUCCAAGUCACCAUUUCAACGUGCACAGGAACAGUUGCGAUUUCUGCUGAAUAAAACCAAAACGGCUUCGUAAUAAUGAAACUGUAGCCAAGUCGAAAAACCGGCCAAAGUACCAUAAAGCGCCAAACACUUAAUUGGUGCAUCAGCUGAAAGAAGAUGAAAAAGCCACCUCCAUCUCAUAGUGUUCAUUUUCCUUUAGAAUAACUGCACUGCUUGAAUCACAUUGCUAAUAUUUCACUUUGGUCUCCACAAAUCAGCUGUUCUAUAUUCUUCCAUCUUUUCAGUUUCCGCGCGUCUCGACAGUAAGAAAACUAUUCACUGAGUCGGACUUACUUGGCUUUCAAACAUUACAAAUUACGUGGUAAAAUCCUCUCGGGCGACCAGCCGUGUCAACUUUGAACAGAAGUCCAAUUUUUCAGAGAAUAUGUCUGUCUUCAUCAUCAGGCAGUGAUGUGAUGGGUAACCAAAGUUGGUUGUCCGUGUAUGUAAUUGGUGGCCCUUCAUGUUUGGUCAAGUGGAACCCAUCUCGAGUCAUUUGCUGAGUUGUUGUACCUGGAACUCGACCAAUGAUGUAUUAAAAGGUUCCGUCAUCUGCAAAGGCGAUCGACCCUCCGGCCUUGUGCCACCUCUGUGUAGCUUAAACAAACCCAUCACUUGGGCGGUCAUUCUCCCCUUCUUGUUCUGUCUCCGUGUCGCUUAACCCGUCCACGGACCUCUCCGUUUUUGUCCCGUCCGAGUGUUGCUUAAUCGUAUGUGUCUUCUGGAGGAUGUCGAUGAGGGUGCCAUUCCUGGCUCAGAAUAAACCCAUUGUCUCUGUUGAAAUUAUUGGAGUGCGGUCGUAUUUCAGUUGCCACCUUUACCAGUCGAUCCAAGCUAAUUUUAUGACUGGUUUUGAUGCUGUGUUCUGCUACUGCCGAUUUUUAAAGUUUGUGGUGUUGCAUGUAAUGCACAUGCUCCUUGUUAUGGUGCACCCUGUCUGGCCCACAUACACUUUACCACACUUUCAUGCAAUCCAGUACGUACCUGGUACACGACCUCCAAGGUUGUCUUUCGCUGACCUCAGCAAGUUAUUGCUGUUCUUGGGCACUUGAAGGGGCACUGAUCAUAGAUACGACUGACUGCGGUUACCCGUCAUAUCAUUCCAUGACGAUAGAGGCAGCCUCUCAAAAGUUGAACUUCUGUUUCGAGUUGACGUGGCCGGUCUCCUGAGAGGAUUUCAUCUCUGUUGCCGUGAAAGCUUCAAGUCGUAUGUAAUAAAAACUGUGGUUCUCCAGACAGAAUAAAUGUGAGGGAUCAUCAGACAUUCAUAAAAAUCAUCAAAACAUAUUCCCAUCAGAGAGCGCACAACAAAGGAUCAGAUCUGUUACUCAGCAGCCCUGACGUCGAGAGCAGAGAUUGUUCUCGAAACGUUGGCAGAAUAUAUGGUUUAUUCACCGUUCAUCCACCUGACGCAGCUGGUAACCGGAGAAUCUUUCAAUAACUUCAGUCGUCGCGGAAGCUUCACUUUAUACAAAACAUAUUCUAAUUGAUUACGUUGCGUUGCGGGUCAUACAGCGUUGUGCAUGGUAUAUGUAACCUCAAAGACUGAACGUUUACAAUGUUCCUUUACGACUAAAUUAGCUUGAGAGCAGCCGAAGCGUUGCCACAUUCUUGACUAGUUUCAUGCCAUUAACCAGAUUCCUAUAGGGGCUGAUUUUAUAUCAUGCGCUGCAAUGGUUUUGUACAAAUGAGUUUUAUUUUUGUGCGUGUGGCAAGCGUUAAAGCCGAAUUUUAUUCAUUCAUUGUGACAAUCCUAAUGAGAUCUGAAAACUGUUCAUGUUCAUGAAUAAUGUAUUUAUAUGUCGUAAGCAGUCGCAAGUUGUUGUAAUGAGGAAAAGUUUAUAAUUUUUUCAGAUGACAGGCCAAAAGUUAGGUGUGGUGCGAUAUUUCAGGGAAAAUUAUGUCUGUUGUAUCUCCUAAGUGAAUUACUUGCAGUGUGUCUCAAGCAAGCUGUUACAGGCUUGUUCUUUUAUAUGCUAUUUGCAUGUUGAGUGCAGUUUAAGAAUGACAUAUACAGAAUCACAAAAAAAAAAAUAUUGCAACCUUCCCGAACAUAUACCACAAAGACCGAGAUACAACCUUGGGGGUUCCUAAUGGGUUUUUUCUUGGAAAAUUGUACCAAACUAUUAACAGUGCUCAAAUUAAAACUUUCUACACACCAAGACGAUAUAACGAAACACACACCUCACAGAAUGCCAACACAGUUAAUGCUCAUGAUGAUGAUGACUGCACAAGAAUGUCAUUUCUCAGAGCUGACCCACAUUUUACGUGAAAGUCACGUCUGAAAUCUGCGUUUUUAGAAUCGUAACAAUCUUGACGUCUAGCAUUUGUUUGGCACCACAGAAAUGCGUGCAUUCUUAGGUACCUACUGUUUUAAGAAAUUUCACUACUGACUUGUUUGUUACCUUGUCUUCAUUCUCGUUUGUAUUUCAUUUUACUUUCCACCUGUCUCAUUCGUAUGUUAGUGGUAGAAUGGUGAUAAAUGCUGAAUUUUUGAGGGAUAAGAACGAUAACGGUUGUAGGAUUUGAGGUUCUUACGACGGUGAGUCUGAAGGUGGCUGUCUUCUGGGUUGUUGCGCCUUGCAGUCUCUUAGAUGUUUACCGACGUUUCAGAGGUCCUUGUUGCCUCCAUCAUUGACCUCAUAAUGGAGUCAGCAAGGACCUCUGAAACGUAGGUAAACUUGUAACAGACUGCAAGGGCAACAACCCAGAAGACAGCCACCUUCGGUGACAAUGGUUGUAGCAGUAGCCUGGUAUUUUCAUGAGUGAAAGGGGAAAGCCGUGUAUCCCAGGAGAGUUACAAAGCACAUGCUCUGUUGCUUGGCACUUAAUUUUUAGAUGUGUCUUCUGCUUUGUCAUAAGCGACGCUCAGAUUUUCUGUCUUGAGUCGCCGGGGGAUGAUUCUCUGCCGUUAUGCCACUACCUACAAUCCUCUGCCCGGACAGGUAAUAUGCCGUUGCCCAUGCUUAUGUAAUAUAAAACUCAAUGGGCGGUUUUAAUUUAUUCUCGUAGGACGUCAUGCCAGCGGAGGCUUCUGAUUUCCUACCGUCAGUAACGGCAUGAUGCUGUGUUAUGCCACCUACCACUGAUCUUACAUAUAUUUAAGGCGGUGAUUUUAAGAAGUAUGAGGCGUAAGGAACGCCUUUCAAAGUUUUGUGUACUCUGAAAAGUACACUCUUCAAUUUUUUCCCCCCCUUUAUUUUUGCACUCAAGUUUUUGUCCCUGAGUUGAACUGUGAGACAGAAUUUUGUUCAUUCUGUUAUGUUUUUCAUGUACGCGGAUCCUGCUCAUUUCCUGUUCCGCAUUGCUUCCCUAGUGACGAAGGGAUGCCGGAUUGAUAUAGUUGACAGGCCGUGGCGGUUUAUGAUUUUGGAAUUGAAAGUAACAUAAAUCCGUGAAGGAGAAGAAAGAUGUGGUAAGGAAAUGUGUAUCAGCUCUGAUGAUGCAUUUGGCAUUUCCGCACAAUUUAGAGUGGAAAUUUAAAUUUGUUGGCAAUCUGAAGCACAAAACAAAAUUGUUGAAUAGUCUCUUAGCAGAAACAGAAUGUACUUAUUUGUCAUGUGCAUCACUAGUCUCUUUAUUAAAUUCAAGUGAGAAUUAAAAUGUUAUUACGGUAAGCUUGUUUCCUUUAUUAAAAUGUUACAUGUAAAUAAUUGCCUUUGCUUAAACUGUCAUUAAUAAUAAUGAGAAAGUAGAUAUUAUUGAGAGGCAGAAUAGUGCCUGUUGUUGAUAUUAGCGAAGGCUACUGUCGCUAAGAAUUCUUUUCAAAAUUUCCUAGUACAUAUCAUCGCCAUUUAAACUUGAGAAUACAGUGAAAUGCCAAAUAUUUACACACCACCAGUUUAUUGUUUUAUUCUUCUAGUCUUGCGAUAAUUUAAAUGUUGCGAGGCCAUGCAAAGUGUCGCCAAGGGGCGAAUAAGGACGGUUAAAAUUGUAGACGUGUUCCGGAGAACAGGUGAUCGAUGACUUCAUAAAACUGCUACUCCGCUUAUGAUGUACUUUUUUCGAGCCUAGCGUUACUCAUGUUUACAUGGCAGGUUGGGUGGUAGUUGAGUAACACCUCAUUAUGCACAGAAGUCAUAAAGGAGAAUGAGAGGAGAGUGGAACUGAAAUGCGUCCCGAAAAACUGGUGGUGUUGUUGACUGUGUAAAUACGUUGUCUGCUUUGUUCAGUGAUGCAGUUCAGCUGAAGUGCCCACAAUCUCUAUGCCCCAAAGAACAGUGCAAUACUUUGGAAUUUCUUGACUGCUUUAUGUUAUGUUCUGAUCGCAGCACCUCGUUCGUUUAGAACGGAAUCACGUUUCAUUAUGUCUCUCUUAACACGGUAUAAUAAAUACUGACUUUUAUAUA